CGGCACUGCACCAGGUCCGGGACUGCCCGGGACUGGCAUUGCACGGGGAACCCACGCUGAACCGGCACUACGCAGGCCUGGCACUGCCCAGGGCCCCACACUGGCCGGGGACUGGAUCUGGAUUGCAGGGGGACUGGCACUGCAUCAGCACUGGCACAGUGCUGAUGGGAACAGGCACUGCCCAGGACCUGGCACUGCACGGGGACUAGCACCGCACUGGCACCGCACAGGGCCAGCACUGCACGGGGACCGGCACUUGCACCAGCACUGGCACUGCAUGGGCACUGGCGCCGCGUGGGAGCUGGCAAGGCGCUGGUUGGGAACAAGCACUGCACCAGCACCAGCACCAUGCAACCACAUCAGCACCGCGCAGGCACCAACGCUGGCACCACGCCGCCGGCGGCACCACGUGCAGUGCCCUGGCCUGGCACCAACGCUGCACCGGAACAGGCGCUGGCACUGUGCCUGCAGCGGUGGCACGGACACCCUGCGCACCGCACAGCGCGUGCACACGCUGCGCCUCUUUGCACACCCACUGCAGGCAUCGCAGAUGGAGACGCUGCGCCCUGCGCACGGCCCAGGGUGCAACCAGCCCGUGCUCACGCACUGCAGCCCUGCACGGACACAGGGAUAUCGCGUGUGCAAAUGGACACGCACGCACAGAGCCCAGGCGCUGCAGCCUUGCACACGCGCUGCACACAAACAUCUCCAACCGGCACAUGUGCCGCUGCACACAGGACACAUGGGAAACCCACCACGGCACAGAGCAGCGCACUGACACACUGCACAUGUGGAGACCCUGCAAACGGGACACACACUACAUGUCCAUCCAUCCACCCCACCCAUCACCACCUCCCCAACGCCAUGUACACCGCGCUCCCCAAAAGCGGUUCCCCCUUCGGCCCCUCCGUCACCCGCCCGGGGCUGCACAUAUGGCGGGUGGAGAAGCUGCAGCCGGUGGAGGUCCCCGAGGCGACGUGGGGCGUCUUCUUCUCGGGGGAUGCCUACCUGGUGCUGCACAACGGGCCAGAUGAGCGAGCCCACCUCCACCUCUGGAUGGGCCGGGAUUCCUCGCGGGACGAGCAGGGUGCCUGCGCCCUCCUCUCCACCCAGCUGAACACGCUGCUGGGCGAGCGCCCUGUGACGCACCGUGAGGUGCAGGGCAACGAGUCCGACGUCUUCAUGGAGUACUUCCCCCACGGCGUCACCUACCAGGAGGGCGGCGUGGACUCGGCGUUCAAGCCCACCCGCCCUGGCGCCAGCGCCGGCCCCGUGCACAAACUCUACCAGGUGAAGGGCAAGAAGAAUAUUCGGGCGAGCGAGCGGGACCUGAGCUGGGCCAGCUUCAACACCGGCGACUGCUUCAUCCUCGACCUGGGCGAGACCCUCUUUGUCUGGUGCGGAGCCAGGUGCAACGUGCUGGAGCGCAGCAGGGCGCAGGAGCUGGCUGCGGCCAUCCGGGACGGCGAGCGGGGCGGCAAGGCUCGCCUGGAGAUCGUGGCAGACGGUGAGGAGCCACCUGAGAUGCUCCAGGUGCUGGGCCCCAAGCCCACCUUGCAGGAGGGCAGCCCCAAGGAGGACAUCGUGGCCGAUCAGAGAAAUGCAGGGGCAGCUGUCCUCUAUAAGGUGUCGGAUGCGACGGGGCGCAUGGACCUGAGCCAGGUGGCCGCCAGCAGCCCCUUCAGCCAGAGCCUGCUCUGCUCCGAUGACUGCUUCGUGCUGGACAAUGGCGCCGGCGGGAAGGUCUACGUCUGGAAAGGGCGCAAGGCCAACGAACAGGAGCGCCAGGCGGCCCUGAAAGUGGCCGAGGAGGUCAUCGCCCGUAUGGGCCACUCGCCCCGGACACAGGUGGAAAUCCUGCCCCAGGGCCGCGAGACGCCCCUCUUCAAGCAGUUCUUCACCAGCUGGAAGUGAGGGAGCGGGUGCCCGUGGGGCCAGCGCCCAGCCCACGGCAUCACCAGGCUUGUGCCGGCUGUGCCAGCUCCCUGCCAAUGCCUGCGCCCUGCUCAGCCAUCCCCAUCCCCGUGUCUUUGCCCAUCCUAUCCCUGUCAUUCUCAUCCCCAUGCCAACGCCAUUCACAUCCUUGUGCCAUCCCCGAGCCCAUGCCAUCUCCAUUCCUGUGCUAUCCCUGUGCCAUCCUCAUUCCUUUGCCCACCCCAUGCCCAUGCCAUCCCGAUCUCCAUGCCAUCCCCAAGCCCGUGUCAUCCCCAUCCCCCUGCCUUUGCCCACCCCAUGCCCAUGUCAUUCCCUUCCCAAUGCCCAUGCCAUCCCAAGCCCGUGCCAUGCCCACAAUAACUCUGUGCCAACACUGUCUCCCCACCCUCACUGCUGCUGUACCUCUGCCACCUGCACGCCCUCACCACCUUGCUGCCAAUGGCCACGCCACCCCUGUGCCCACGCUGUGCCACCUCUGUGCCCCAUCAUUGUGCACACGCUGUCCCCCUGCCCACAUCAUAUUCUUGCCCACACCACCCACGUGCCCACGCCGCCUGUGUCCAUGCCACCCCCGUGCCAACGCGUCUCCCCCAUCCCGCGCUCAGGCCCUGGUGAAUAAAGGGACGGUGCCGA